AUGGCAGCAAAAAUUCUCUGGGCUUCUCAAACCGGCAAUUGUGAAGAGAUUUCUCGGAUAAUCUACGAAGAAAGUGCUGAAAAAAGAAUCCCCUGCGAAAGAUACUGCCUCCAAGAGCUCGGGACUACUUUUAACAUCUCCCAAAAAGACGUAAUAGUUAUAGUCGUCUCAAGCACUGGAGAUGGCGAGCUUCCUGACAACGGUUUAAAAUUCUAUCGCUGGAUAAAGCAGCAAGAAGGCACAAUUUUUUCCCACGUAAAAUACACACUUUUAGGCCUUGGGGACUCAAAUUACAGCACUUUCCAAGGAGGUCCUAAUAUAAUUGAACAUCAUAUGAAAAAGCUAGGAGCAACAGAGUUUUAUGAAAGAGGCGUUGUUGAUGAACAAUUAGGAAUAGAACAAACUGUUGAUGCCUGGAUUGAUGGACUUUGGGAGCCUUUAAAAAAACAAGUAGAAGAGUUAUCUAAAGCAGGAAGCGGAGAGCAGGUCAGCCAAGCUAUUGAAGACAUGCCAAGCAUAUGGGGAAGAAUUUUGGAAUAUAGAGUGCUGACUGAAGAAAAUGCUACGAAAAAAGUCAUUGAGAUUAGGAUUACUACUGAAGGAAAAAGCUAUAUACCUGGAACAGCUUUAUUUAUGUAUCCCCAAAAUCCUGAUGAAAAAGUGACUGAAAUGAUCACAAAAUUAGGCUUAGAGGCGACACAAUCUAUUAUUGAUAAAUCCCACAUAUCGAAAUCAGUGAGUCAUAGAUUCCAAACACCUAUAUCUAUUUUUGAUUUUUUUAAGAGGUUUGUGGAUUUCCAAUCGGCCAUUAAAACCCGAUGUGCGAUCUUUUUAGCUUCAAUACUUUAUAAUCCAACAGAAAAAGAAGGAUUAACCCAUCACAUUGACCAGUCGAAAAUUACGAUGCCAGACGAGUUUACCUUUGAAAAUAUCAUAAACAAGUAUCAUUCUUGGGAUAUCCAAUCUUUAGAUUCUUUAUUGGAUGUUAUUCCAAUACUAAGCCCAAGGAAUUAUUCAAUAUCAUCUUCUCCUACAACAUCUCCAGGCUCAAUUACGAUUGCAUUUUCAGUUAUGGGCUUAUGCACUAGGUAUUUACUCUACCGAGAAAGUAUUGAAAAAAUGCGUUUUUUUGAAAUUAACCUCUUUAAGUAAAAACAUAUUAACAUAAUUUUUAAUAAAAUAUUUUUAUAUAUAAUUAAUUCUAUGAAACUAGACAGUUUAUAUAUUUAACCGAAAAUUUAUAAAUCUAAACAGAUUUUCUUUUCAAAUAUUUGCAAAUUGAGAUUUUUAGAGUUUGACAAUUUUUUUUAUCUCUAAAAAGCGAGCAAGUUUUUGCUCUGUCCUAAAGAGGGAGCUAGAGCAUGCAGCUUUGAAUGAUCUCAGUGUCGAGUAUUCUCUUCAGAAUGAACCUGGGGUAUUUUGGGAAGGCAUAAAAGCAUCGCCAAGACCUAUUAUGAUCUGUACUGGGACAGGAAUUUCUCCUUUCAGAGGCAUCCUAGAGCAUUUGGUUUUAAAUGAUCCAAAACCUGUUUGGGUUAUUUAUGGUUGCAGAAAUUCCACGAAAAAUACUCCUCAGAAGAACUUUGACCAUGUUUAUCAAGACGACAUAAACGGAGCAAUCAGAGUACUUGGAGGAAAACUGAGCGUCGCCAAUUCUAGAUCUGGAAAUGGGCCAAAAUACAUUCAAGACAUUAUAAAAAAUGAAGCAAGAGAAAUCGUAGAGUGGGGAAGCGCAGCUAUUUUAUGCGGAAAUUUCGAUUCAAAAGAUAUAAAAGCGAAACUCCAAACGAUAAAUGAAAAUUUCGAAGUCUUCUCCGAGAUAUGGGAAUAG